AUGCAUAUUCAAUUGAAUGGGAUAUUUCGAAGAUUAGAUCUUCGGAGAAAAAGUAAAAAGUUGGACAAAAAUAGGAUGAAUUUAUCAUGCUCAUUAUCUUCUAUAAGUACACAAACUUCAGGUUUUGCUUCGAUGGGUUCUAUUGAGUUUUUAUCAGAACAAAUACUACCAAACAAUAUUAUUUUUAAAAUUCUAGAUUAUAAUGAUAAUAUUUAUGAUUUAGUAAAAUUACGAGAAGUUUCGAAAGAUUUUAAAACAUAUAUAGAUAAUCGUUUAUCAUAUUUACAUUUUAUGGAUAUUAGAAAAGGCAACAUUAAUUUUAUUAUUGGAUCCAAUUAUACAUAUGGAAAUUGGUAUUUUAAUAAAUCUAAAAAUUUGGCUUUACGAAUAACUAGACGUUCCAAAGUAACCUCAGAUAAAAAUAUUAAUUGUAUUCCUCAUUCACUUGAGGUUAUUGUUGAUGAUGAAUGGUCCUCAACUGAUGUCAAUCGUUUACUUUCUUUAUUAAAAUUUUUUCAAAAUUAUCCAAAACAAUUAGUUCUUGAUGCUCCAAUAAUUGAAUUGAUUGUGGUAUCAUUAUCUUCAAUUGAUGUAAAUAGGUGGUAUGCAUUUCAAUGUUUUAUGAAAGUAGCUAAUAACUAUGAAAUGAGGAUGUCUUCUAUUAAUGCAAAUAUAAAAAGACCAUCAAUCACCAUGAAUAAUUUAGUUUCUGUAUCAAAUAAUAAUAGAUUUAUAAAUAAUAAAGAAAAAACCACACUUUUUAAAAAUGUAUUUUGGCCAACAGUAUCAAUAUUUACAAUAAGAAUUUUCAAAGGACAAGAAGGGCAUUUAUUACGGUUGAUUGACUAUAAUGUUAAGAUGGAUAAAUUUUUUGACAAAGAAAUAUUAAAUAAAUUAAAAAUUCAAAUAAAUGAGGAGUCAAUAAAUCUACCAAAGUUAUCUGUUUCAUCAGAAAUAUCAGUCUACUCUCAUAUGUCUGAUAAUUCACUUUCAAAUCAUACGUUUUCAUCAGAUUCUUUAAAACGUGGUGUUUUUAAUUUUCGUUGUUGGGCAGGAUCUUGUGGAUUUGAUUCACAAUUUUGUCAAAUUAUAAAAUCAACUGUAUUUUAG